AAGAAUAUACAGAAUACAUAUGCCAUCUCUGACUUCUCCUCAGCUCUCCAAAAACAUAUAAAAACCUGUCAAAUCAAAAGAAACGUUUCAAUUCUUCCUUCUUCUUCUUCUUCUAUUCUGAACAUAUACCCAACUCUUCUUCUGAAUAUUUAUAUAAAUCUCCUGUCUCUCUUUUCCCUCUCUGUAAACAUGUCUAAGAGGGGAGAAGAAAGAGAGACUGGCAUGUUUUUAGAUGGCAUGAUAGACGCCAUGCCUGUCUUUGUCAAGGAGCUCGUUGCCGGUGGCAUUGCUGGCGGCCUCGCCAAGUCCGCUGUCGCCCCUCUUGAGCGUGUCAAGAUUUUGUUUCAGACCAGAAGAUCAGAAUUUCAUAGCAUGGGGCUGUUUGGAUCCUUUAAAAAGAUUGCAACAACAGAGGGGGUUAUGGGUUUCUACAGAGGAAAUGGUGCUAGUGUUGCUCGAAUUGUUCCUUAUGCUGCACUGCAUUUUAUGGCUUACGAGCAAUACCGUCGAUGGAUUAUUCUCAGUUUUCCUGACAUUGGGAGAGGCCCUGUACUUGAUCUUGUAGCAGGAUCAUUUGCUGGAGGAACUGCUGUGCUUUUCACUUAUCCACUGGAUUUAGUCCGUACGAAAUUGGCCUAUCAGAUUGUUGGUUCACCCAAAAGGAACCUUCAAGUGGUAGUUAGUGCGGAACAAGUAUAUAAAGGAAUAGUUGAUUGUUUUCGGAAAACUUACAAGGAAGCUGGGCUUAGGGGUCUUUAUCGGGGUGCAGCUCCAUCACUUUAUGGAAUCUUCCCAUAUGCUGGUUUGAAGUUUUACUUCUAUGAGGAGAUGAAACGCCAUGUCCCGAAUGAUCACAAGAAAGACAUAACGGUGAAACUUGCGUGUGGAUCAAUUGCUGGUCUGUUGGGUCAGACCUUCACAUACCCUCUUGAUGUAGUUAGGAGGCAAAUGCAGGUUGAGAGGCUAUUGCCUUCUACUAGAGCAGAGUCAAGGGGAACAAUGGAUACCCUUGUUAUGAUUUAUCAAAAACAAGGAUGGAAGCAAUUAUUUUCAGGGCUCAGUAUCAAUUAUUUGAAGGUUGUACCCUCGGUGGCAAUUGGGUUUACUGUUUAUGACAUUAUGAAAUCAUACCUGAGAGUUCCAUCGCGAGAUGAAGCAGUAAUAGAAGUGGUAACAAAUAAGAGAAAUAGUCAGCCAUCCCUUCACUCUUCAUAAUGGUACAUCUCCUUUAUAAAUUUCUGCAACAUUCUUACUCCUCCUCAUCAGUAGACUUACAUUACCUCCAAAAUUGUUAACCUAGAUUAACUUUUUCUAUUCAAGGAAUCUGUGCAUUCAAUUCUUUCAAGCUGAAUAAAUCCUGUGUAAUUUACAUGACUACUUAAAUAACAACCCCUUGUAUUAGUGCACAAAUUUUAGGGGUAUUCGGCAGUCAAACUUUAUUGACUAGAUCUGUUACAAGUUCUCCAUGUAAAAGUGAGAUAUAUAAUAAGGAUGAGAUACACAUUGAUGUACUGUGUACAUAAUGAUUAUUCUUUUGAGAAGUUGUAUUAUAUCAUGACUGGAAAAAAAAUUCUUCUAUAUGUAUAGAGCAGUGGAUCAUACUUAUUUGAUA